AUGAAAAUAUCUGGAACAGUUGGUGUUGGAGUUGAUAGAAAUGGAGGUGAUAAGGAGAAUGGAUCAAUGGGUGGCGGCAGCACCGGAAGCUGCGGUGGCAACUCCGUUGGUGGUGUCCAAAACGUGGGGACAAGUGGCGGCGGAAGUAGUAAGGUGUCUGGAGGAGAAGGGUUGAUGAUGAAGGGGUUUGGAGGUGAUAGCCAUGGAAAUGAUGGUUGUGUGGGAGGAUCAAAGGCAAUUGGCAUUGGAGGUGGAAUUACUAGCGGUGGUAGUGUGGGGAAUGGCAAUGGUGGCGGCGGCGAUGGAACUAGCGGUGGAGCCGGUGGUAAUGGUAGUGGUGGGGAUGGUGUUGGUGAUGGAGUUGGUAAUGGACAACAAGGUAUAAUAAUUGGUGGCAAUGGACAACAAGGAGCAGCAGGUGGUGGUGACGGUGGUGGUGGUGGUGGUGGACAUGCAAUAAUGAUAAUAGGCUUAGGAGGUGGUGAUGAUGGCGGCAAUGGUGGAGGUGGCGACGGCGGUAAUGGUGACAGUGGAGAAGGUGGUAAUGGUGGUGGAAAAUAUUGGACUAUUGGUGGUGGUGGCGGCGGUGGCGGUGGAGGUGUGAUAGUAAUUGGUGGCGGAGGAGAUGGAUAA